AUGGGAAAGAAAGUCCAUUUGCUGGACUAUGUAGCCGGCAAUAUUCGAUCCCUGGUCAAUGCUAUCGAGAAAUGUGGAUACGAGGUAGAAUGGAUCAGGAGUCCAGAAGAUGUGAAGGAUGCUGAGGUGAGGGACACUGUUUUCUCGUACAGCAUCGACGAGGCAUUGUCCAUAUCGUUCUACAUCUGCACGUUGCGAAUCGUUGACUCUGUUCAUAAACUCAUCCUCCCCGGCGUAGGUCACUUCUCGCACUGUCUCACAUCCCUUUCGAAUGCCAACUACCUCCCCGCCAUCCAUGCACACCUCGCUUCGGGUAAACCAUUCUUUGGCAUCUGCGUGGGCCUUCAGGCCCUGUUCACCGGCUCGGAUGAAGCACCCGGUGUUGCUGGCCUGGGCGUCAUCAAUGGGCAGCUACGAAGAUUCGAUGAGAGCAAGACCAGUGCUACCAAUGCAAGGGGAGCUGUGAAGGCGAGGAAGAGCGUGCCAUGUAUUGGCUGGAAUUCUGCCAGCCUUGCACCAGCUGUGGACUCAGCUUCCACAUCUAGGCACAGUUUCUACGGCUUAGAGGACUGGAGAAAGUAUUACUACGUGCACAGCUAUUUUGCCCCGUACGGCCCCGGAUGCGAGCUGGAAAAGCAGGGGUGGACUGUGGCGACGGCGAGGUAUGGUGACGAGACGUAUGCAGGUGCCAUCGGAAAAGGAAAUGUAUUCGCGACACAGUUCCAUCCCGAAAAGAGUGGCGAGGCGGGGCUGAAAGUCAUUAAGGCGUUUCUAGAGGGAAGGACGUGGGAAGCUGUCUCCCACCCAGCUAUAGCGAACGGCACCCAAGCACCACAGGCGGUCAAAGUGGAGAGCAGUACAAACGGCCUAACGCGCCGCAUCAUAGCCUGUCUGGACGUCCGCGCAAACGACGACGGCGACCUCGUGGUGACAAAGGGCGAUCAGUACGACGUCCGAGAAAAAGCCUCUGUUCCCACCAACAACACUUCCUCCUCUUCUUCUUCCACCAGUACGACCAAACACCUCGCCGGCCAAGUGCGCAACCUAGGCAAACCCGUCCACCUCGCCGAGAAAUACUACCGGCAAUCCGCCGACGAGAUCACCUUCCUCAACAUAACCUCCUUCCGCUCCUCCCCACUCACCGACCUCCCCAUGCUCGAGAUCCUGCGCCAGGUCUCGCGUACCGUCUUCGUGCCCCUGACCAUCGGCGGCGGAAUCCGCGACACCAUCGACCCCUCCACCGGGCGCACCGCGUCCGCGCUCGAAGUGGCAAAACUGUACUUCGCCAGCGGCGCGGACAAAGUCAGCAUCGGCUCGGAAGCGGUCACCGCAGCCGAGGAUUACUACGCCGCAGGAGGCCAGCUGAGCGGGAAGACGGCCAUCGAGACCAUCAGCGCCGCCUACGGCUGCCAAGCCGUGGUCGUGAGCGUGGAUCCGAAACGCGUCUUUACAGAGCCAGAAGCCAAGGCAUCAUUUCAUGGCAAAUGGCUGGUGCGUUCCGCGAGUUGUACCACGAUCAAUGUCGACACGAUCGAGGAGGCUUUGUCCAACCACGUGAGCACUAGGAAGGCGCAUGAAACACCGUCACCUGAGGUGGGAUCGGAUCCGUCACACGGUACGUAA